AGUUAUGUUUUAAUCUUAAAAUGAUGCAUAAAUUAAUAUUUUUAAGCUUGAAAUUUUCUAAAUAUAUUUCGUUAUAAUCUUAUCGACUUAUUAUCAUUAACUCAAAUUACGCGAACGAACUUCAAGUUACACCAUAUUGAAAAUAAUAUAUUACGUUUCCAUUUUGUAAACAAAUAACAAUCGAGGAAGUAAAUAUAGGUCAUAAACUUCGAAGGUCAUUACUCCGAAAGAUUCAUCCAUAAACUUGGCAACUUGCGUUACACGUUGGCUAUCGAGCAUCUGAGAUGGGUCUGAGAGAUGCAUUCGCUUUAAUAUUCGAAGUUAUUGACUUACUUUUUAAAUCCUUGUUAAUUACAAUUCGUGGUUUAAUAAGAUUUGUCAUUCCCACUGCGAGAAAAUCGGUAAAUGAUGAAAUCGUCUUAAUUACCGGAUCGGCACAUGGUUUAGGAAAAGAGUUAGCCUUACAAUUUUCAAAGUUGGGAGCGAUCGUUGUCCUAUGGGAUAUUAACCAGGAAUGGAAUAAUGCAGUUGCUAAAGAAAUUAAAUUGAAAAGUGGAAUAGCAUUCAGCUAUCAAUGUGAUGUUACAGAUGAAAAACAGGUCAAAAUUUUAGCUCAGCGUGUCAGACGAGAAGUUGGAGAUGUUACUAUACUUAUUAAUAAUGCCGGUAUAUUACAAGGACAUCCAUUGCUUAGUCUCAAUAAUCAACAGAUAAGAAGAACAGUGGAAGUAAACCUUCUCUCUCAAUUCUGGACAGUAAGAGAAUUCCUUCCUCAAAUGUUAGAGUUAGAACAUGGCCAUAUUGUGGCAGUCUCGUCCAUUGCUGGAUGUCGCGGAUGCAUCAACAUGACUGACUACAGUGCUUCCAAAUUUGGUAUUUGUGGUUUAAUGAAUUCUCUAGAAGAAGAAUUAAUCUUGUUAAAGAAAGAUCAUUGUAUUCAUCUUAGUACUGUUUAUCCACUAGCAAUGGAUACUGGGUUGAGUCAACGGCCAUUAACAAGAUUUCCUCACAUUCUACCAAUAUUAAAGCCAGAUUAUACAGCAGCAAAAAUGAUCGACGCUAUAUUAAGAAAUAAAAGAAAUAUAUUUAUACCUUCUCGUAUAGAAUUCAUCAUUCGCAUUUCUGGAUUAUUUCCUAUGAAAGUAGUACAAAUGUUUCAGCAAUUUAUGAAUUAUGCAGUGUUAUCCAAUGACAAAGUCCCAACUGAACUCUAUUCAUAUUAAAAAAUCAAAGUUAAUUUACGCAAAAGAAUAAUAUUUUUUGUUUUUAUUAAUUUUUUUAAUGAAAAGAAAAUAUUUUUUAAUUAUAUAGUAUA